AAGGAAUAUUCAGCUGGCACAUAAUAGGUGUAAGCUCUGGUAAAUAAAGUGCAAACUUGGACUUUAGAGGAGGUGUCUAUUGCUGGUAUAGCAGCAUUGCUGAACUACUUACAGGCACUGAGACAACGAGUUAAAGACCUGGAAAAAUUUUUCUCUGUACUCUGGAGCUCAAUCUUUUUUCCAGAUAUGAUGGAUCCUACAUCCUCCUACUUUUCUGGAUACUGUAUGUGCUUGAUUCUCUUGCAUAUGAUGACAUUAACUUCAGAGAAACUGAUGGUGACUGUUCCCAAGGGGCACUUGGUGGCUAGAGUAGAAGGACAGGCUGCUCUCAGCUGCCAGUUGUCCCCACUACAAAGUGCAGAGCACAUGGAGGUGCGCUGGUUCAAGGGUGACAAUUCCCAGCUUGUUUACCUAUACAGAGGCGGCGGUCAUGAAGUAAAUGGAGAAGCUGCCCCUGAAUAUGUAAAUCGCACAGAGUUUGUGAAAGAGGCCAUGGGGGAGGGUAAAGUGACCCUCAAAAUUCAUAAUGUCAGCAUUUCUGAUGGGGGACCAUACAGGUGUUCAUUUAAAGAUACUGACUUCAGUGAUGCAGCCGGCAUGAACCUAAGUGUGGCAGCACUUGGCUUGGAGACACAGAUUCAUGUCCAGGUUCCUGUUAGUGAUGGACUCGAGGUGGAGUGUAACUCAGGAGGAUGGUUUCCACAGCCCCAAAUGGAGUGGAGAAACAGCAGGGGAGAGGUCGUUCCACAUUCAUCAAAAUCAUACUCACAGGAUGGAGCCAGAUUGUUCCACAUGAAGAUGACUCUUCUCCUCAGAAACCGGUCAGAGAGCAUUAUGUGCUAUGUUUGCAACCCUGUAACAGGGGAAGAGAAAAGAACAAGUAUCAUCCUAGCAAGUGCCCUCUUUAAUAAGGACGACCUUAGAAUGAAUCUUAUAAUUUCUGUUCCAUGUAUAUUGUUCCUUUUGUUGUUGGUCUCCUUGGGCCUUUCCUUUUCCACAAAAACAGGGGGUAUAUGUAAAUGUCUAUUUAGAGGUCCUCCUCCAUGUCUUUGUGGGUCGAACUCAAUGACUGCUCAAUUCCUGUUUUGCAUGAUCUGUUCUGUGACCCUUCUUAUUGUGUAUGUGCCAUUCCGGAUCAGAGUCUCUAUUUCAGAUCCUUUGUUUUCCUUGUACAAUAGCUGGAUGACAGAUGUAAUAACUGGAGUAGCUUUCCUGACAUUAUUUUUCACCAUACUAAUUGGAUACUUAAUAUGGAGUCUAAGAGUGCUCUGAAAUGAGUUUGCCUUGAGUCUCAGAGAAGAUUUUGGACUGAGAUUUUUGAGAAAUUCUUCAAUAGUUCAGACUCUGGAACUCUUGGGAAAUGGACUGGAUCUAUUCUGCAUGUGCCUUUGGGGGCUUGGGAAAAAAUAUUGUAGUUUGUAUCCUAAAUUUCCACCAUAGGUCCAUGUAGUAAGGCUUGGUCCCAAGUCUGUUGCUAUUGGGAGGUGGUAGAAGCUUUAGGAGGUGAGGCUAGUGUGAGGUCUUUAGGUCAUAGUGAGUGUAUCCUCAAAAUGGAUAAUAGGACUUCUUUCUCUCCUUUGUUUCUGGGCCAUGAGGUCUAAGGUUUUUCUCCAGCCAUGAUGUGCUUCCUCCCUACCUGAGGCCUAAAACCAAUAGGUUCAUCUGAUCACACAUAGCUCCAAAUAUGUGAGCCAAAAUAUAACUUUUCUCUUUAUAAAUUGACAAACUCAUAUUCAUGUUAUAAUAAUGGAAAGAUGACUAACACAUCAUCCAGUCAAAAUCUAUUUAUAUAUUUGGAUGUUUUUAAAACAAUAAGCCAUUAAAUAAUUUUGACAAUUUUAGACAGUUAUAAAUAUUAGUAUUAUCUGUACCUCUGAUCACAUUAAUGAAAUAUUAAUUUUGGUUUUAUUAUGAUAUCAUAGCUAUAUUGGAAAAAUCUUGUUCUUUAUUGAGAUAUACUGAUAAAUUUGUAAAUGAAAUUACAAUGUUUAGAAUUUGCUUUAAUAUUAUAUGGAAAUUAGUGAAGUGAGUGAGGGUAUAGUUAAAAUUGGAAAUAAGUUGAUAUUUAUUUAAAGUGUGUAAUGGGAACAUGGAUUAUAUGUGUUACAUUUAUGUGUUUAUAUGUUUAAAGUUUUUGGUAAUAAAAGAUAAAA